UAAAUAAAUAAAUAAAUAAGGAAAGCAAACUAUAUUAUAAAUUUAUAACUAUACCAGCCACUCACUCACUCCCUCACAGUGUAGACUCGUUUCAACUCGACUCAGUAAACUCAGUUCAAUCGUUCAUCCAUGGCGACCGCGAUAGCCGCCUCCACAACCUCAUGCUUUCUCUCCAAAGCUUCUCCUUUUCUCCCAAAGAAUGCUUCCUACAGAACCAGCCUCUAUUUCACCAGAAGGCUUGCUUCGACUCCUAAGAGGUCCUUCACUUGUCGAGCUAUUCAUAAGCCGCAGAUUCUCACCAAGGAGGAAGGUCAACCUGAAACUCUAGACUACAGAGUCUUCUUUGUCGACGAUUCUGGAAAAAAGAUUUCCCCUUGGCAUGAUAUUCCUUUGCAUUUGGGAGACAACAUUUUCAAUUUUGUUGUUGAAAUACCUAAAGAAUCAAGUGCAAAGAUGGAAGUUGCUACUGAUGAAUCUCACACUCCAAUUAAGCAGGACACAAAGAAAGGAAAGCUUCGAUACUACCCUUACAAUAUAAACUGGAACUAUGGAUUGCUUCCUCAAACAUGGGAAGACCCGACAUUGGCUAACUCUGAAGUUGAAGGAGCAUUUGGAGAUAAUGAUCCAGUUGAUGUAGUAGAGAUUGGUGAGCGUCAGAGAAAGAUUGGUGAGAUUCUCAAAGUGAAGCCCUUGGGUGCUUUAGCUAUGAUUGAUGAAGGUGAACUUGAUUGGAAAAUAGUAGCAAUUUCAUUGGAUGAUCCAAAGGCGUCUCUUGUGAACGAUGUUGAUGACGUUGAGAAACAUUUCCCGGGAACUCUGACAGCCAUAAGGGACUGGUUUAGAGAUUACAAGAUCCCAGAUGGAAAACCUGCUAACAGAUUUGGUCUUGGCAACAAAGCAGCUAAUAAGGAUUAUGCUCUUAAAGUCAUCAAUGAAACCAAUGAAUCAUGGGCUAAACUAGUGAAGAGAUCUAUUCCUGCUGGAGAAUUGUCACUUUUAUAGAGAGAGCAUUUGAUUAUGAACUACACAGCUUUUCAAGGAUCAUUCACUUUUAAAAGUCGUGUAUUUUUUUUAUUAUCUUGAGUAAUAAUUAUUGAAUGGGGUCCCCAUUUUUUGCCAAUUGAGCUUGGAUUGGAUAAUCUCCUCUAAUUUUAAGGAAACAUGUUUGAAGAACAGUACUACUUUGGAAGUGAAGCUAUAAUGUAUGGUCUUUGGUGGGGUUUUCUCUGUUCACAAUAGAAGCUAAGCUACCUUUAAAUUCUACCUCUAUUAGUAGAAUAACAUUUCAUUUCUUUUAAUAAAAAUGUGAUUAGUUUCCAUGCUUA